AUGGCUCUUUUCCACCUGGCCCAGGCUCGGACCUGUUUACCUGCGUAUCAAGCCCAGAUUACUUAUCAGGGAUGCUACCAUGACCCCAACUCCCCUCGUGAUCUCGCAGGGCCGAUGUUGACAGUUGGAAACCUGAACUCUCCCCAGUACUGUGCCAACGUCUGCGGCGCGGCUGGAUACCAGUAUAGCGGAGUCGAGUUCACGGUCCAAUGCUUCUGUGGUCAUCGCAUCGAGAGCACUUCCGUCAAGGCCGAUGAGGGCCAAUGCUCUUCUCCCUGCCCUGCAGAUGGCAGCAAGAUAUGUGGCGGGGGUAACAUGAUCAACAUCUACUCCAUCUCUAACCCAUCACCAAAUCCCCCUCUGACGCCUUCAUUCCCGGACUGCACACGCGAUCCGCUGUGCAGCAACGAUGUCUGUGACACCACCAAGAGCAUCGCUGAACGUGCUGCUGCCAUCGUGCAGCCCAUGACACUCGAUGAGAAGGUCGCAAACGUAGGAAGUUCCGCAUCUGGCAGCGCAAGACUGGGUUUGCCAGCCUACCAAUGGCAAAACGAAGCUCUGCACGGCGUUGCCGGUAGCACUGGUGUGCAGUUCCAGUCGCCUCUGGGAGCCAACUUCAGCGCGGCGACCAGUUUCCCCAUGCCCAUCCUCCUGUCAGCCGCUUUCGACGAUGCCCUCGUCAAGAGCGUGGCCACCGCCAUCAGCACUGAGGCUCGUGCCUUUGCCAACUACGGCUUUGCAGGACUGGACUUCUGGACACCAAACAUCAACCCGUUCCGAGACCCGCGAUGGGGCCGAGGGAUGGAGACUCCUGGAGAGGAUGCUUUCCGUAUCCAGGGCUAUGUUCUGGCUCUGAUCGACGGUCUCCAGGGCGGCAUUGACCCCGACUUCUUCCGAAUUAUUGCAACUUGCAAGCACUUUGCUGCCUACGAUAUCGAGAAUGGCCGCACCGCGAACAACCUGUCACCUACCCAGCAGGAUAUGGCAGAUUACUAUCUCCCCAUGUUCGAGACUUGCGUUCGCGACGCAAAGGUCGGGUCCAUCAUGUGCGCUUACAACGCGGUCGAUGGCGUCCCAGCCUGUGCAGACAGCUAUCUUCUGCAAGACGUGCUGCGCGACACAUACGGCUUCACUGAGGACUUCAACUACGUUGUCUCCGACUGCGAUGCUGUCGAGAACGUCUAUGACCCUCACCACUACGCCGCCAACCUGACUCAAGCCGCCGCCAUGUCCAUCAACGCCGGCACUGACCUCGACUGCGGCAGCUCUUACAACGUCUUGAACGCGUCUGUCGAGGCUGGCUUGACGACUGAGGACACUCUCGAUAAAUCACUGGUUCGCCUGUAUUCUGCACUGAUCAAGGUCGGAUACUUUGAUCAGCCAGCCGAGUACAGCUCUCUGGGCUGGGGCAACGUCAACACGACGCAGAGCCAGGCUCUUGCGCACGAUGCCGCCACUGAAGGAAUGACUCUCCUCAAGAACGAUGGCACUCUUCCUCUUUCUCGAACCCUCUCCAACGUCGCCAUUAUUGGACCUUGGGCCAAUGUCACCACCCAGAUGCAGGGCAACUAUGCCGGCACAGCACCGCUCUUGGUGAAUCCUCUGAACGUAUUCCAGCAGAAGUGGAGUAAUGUCAAGUACGCUCAGGGCACUGCCAUCAACUCGCAAGACACUAGCGGCUUCAACGCUGCCCUCUCCGCAGCCAGCUCGUCCGAUGUCAUUCUUUACCUCGGAGGAAUUGACAUUUCUGUUGAGAACGAAGGCUUUGAUCGAAGCUCGAUCACUUGGCCCGGGAACCAGCUCGACCUCAUCUCUCAGCUGGCCAAUCUCGGCAAGCCCCUCGUGAUUGUGCAAUUCGGUGGCGGUCAGAUUGAUGACAGUGCCUUGCUGAGCAACUCCAAGGUCAACUCCAUCCUGUGGGCUGGAUACCCCGGUCAAGAUGGUGGCAAUGCCAUUUUCGAUGUCCUCACUGGAGCCAACCCGCCCGCUGGCCGACUUCCCAUCACUCAAUACCCUGCAGACUACGUUAACAACAACAACAUCCAAGACAUGAACCUGCGACCAAGCAACGGCAUCCCUGGACGGACUUACGCGUGGUACACUGGCACUCCUGUUCUCCCGUUCGGCUACGGACUGCACUACACCAACUUCUCCCUGUCAUUCCAGUCCACCAAGAAUGCUGGCAGCGACGUCGCCACUCUCGUCAACAACGCCGGAUCCAACGUAGACCAAGCAACUUUCGCAACCAUUGUCGUCAACGUCCAGAACACUGGUGGUAAAGCCAACCUGGCCUCCGAUUACGUCGGCCUUCUCUUCCUCAAGUCUACAAACGCCGGCCCUGCGCCUCACCCUAACAAGCAGCUGGCCGCGUAUGGUCGUGCGAAGAACGUCGGCGUUGGAGCAACUCAGCAGCUGACACUGACCGUGAACCUUGCAUCACUGGCUCGUGCAGAUACCAACGGUGACCGCUGGAUCUACCCCGGUGAUUAUAGCCUUACACUGGAUGUCAAUGGGCCGCUGACGUACAACUUCACUUUGACUGGUACGGCGACGAAGAUUAGCACAUUGCCCAGGCGGUCAUGA